AACCACAGCCACCAAAACCUCCAAAAAGAACUUCAGAUGAUCUUGAUUUGUCUGAUUUCUUUGGUCCUACUCAUCCACCAAAGAAUGUCCCCAAACCUCCUAAAAAGCCAGAUAUCCCUAUGACAACAAGGAAGCCACAUGUAUCAACCCACAAACCACCAAAAAAGCCAGAUCCCAAUGAGUUUGACUUGUCAGAUGCCUUAGAUGACAAAAAUGAUCGACCUGUAGGAGGAGGAGGAGGUUCAACGAUUAGAGAUAAAGAUAAGCCAUCGGGUGGUAAAGGAAAUGGAUUUUCUGAUUCUGACUUGGAUGAUAUUUAUAAUGAUGGCUACAAACCAGACAAAGGAAAAGGUAUAGUUUUUAUCCACUCUUCCAUGGUAGGUACUUUAGCGGAGACUGGAACCAUUGCAGGAAUUGCAAGUGCUUUGGCCAUGGCACUAAUUGGAGCUGUGUCCAGCUAUAUCUCCUAUCAACAGAAGAAAUUUUGUUUCAGCAUUCAACAAGGACUUAAUGCUGAAUAUGUGAAAGGGGAACAAAUGGAGGGAGUAGUGUCUGAAGAACCUCAAGUGAAAUACUCUUCUCUGCAAUGCCAGUCCGCCGUUCCUCCUUCAGAAGAUCCAUCGAAAGUGUGAAGGCUUCCACCUUAAUAGGAUCCCCCUCACCCCUAAUGUUAUUUGCCAGCUUCACCCUGUCUCUGGGGCUGAUGUAUUUUGUGUUUUUAUUUAUUAUGCCCACCAGGUGACCCUAAGCUUAGGUUGUGUCCACUAUAAUAUGGGGGGUUGCUCCCUUUUAAGAGUUAAAUGUUUACAUUUUAGCAAAAAGUCAGUGUUUUUAUCGAAUUUUACACUCUGCCAACUUACUGAGCAAAUUGUACAAACGGGAAGGCAGAGGUUUCUAUUUAGCAAUGCCUUUUUUUUGAAUGCACUAUUUUUGCAUAGCUAGGGAUUCUAAGUUGUAGUAGACAAAUGUAGCUUAUUUGUGGAAUAUAUCAGCAGUUCUGUUGCUUUCAAAUGGGAAUGUUACACUUAUUUGCUUAACUGUGAUGACCAUGACCAUUGUAGACUAUGGCACUCCUUAUUUGUGGGAUCCAAGGAAAUUAAGAAUUAU